AUGAGAUUUUUUUAUAUUAAAAAGAUAUUAUUAGUUAUUUUGCCUUUAUUUCCACUUUCCUUGGGAUAUAGUAUUGUUUUAAAAUAUGGUGAUCAUGAAUGUUUUUAUGAAAAAAUGAAAAAAAAUGAGAAAUUAACAAUUAGCUAUCAGGCGUCGAGUAAUGAAUAUGAAGAAGAAAUGUUAUUUGUUACUUUUGAUGUCUGGGAUCCAGAGGAAAAAACUCUAAAAACAGAGAAUAGUUUGUUUUAUGAUGAAUUUUCAAUCAAUGCAGAUAUUGAGGGAAAGUACAAAUAUUGUUUUUCAAAUAAAGUCCACCAUAAUUUAGAUAUUGAACUAUUUUUUAAUGUUCAUCAUAUUAAAGAUACACAUAUUGCAGAAGAUGCAUCUGAUUUCAAUAGAGAGGUUGCAUUUCUUAAUGAGGUUUUGAUGGAUAUAAGGGAUGAACAGGAAUAUUUAAAAGCACGGGAAAAGGUACAUAGAAGUAUAGCAGAAAAUACAAACUCUCGUGUUCAAAAUUGGAAUAUUUUCCAAAUAAUUAUUCUUAUUUCUCUUGUACUUUUUCAGGUAUAUUUUCUAAGAAAAUUUUUUGAAGUUAAACGAAUAAUAUAA